AUGGCCGACACCGAGCUCCGCCAGCGCAAGGCCAAGGCCGAUGAUGGCAACGCAAAGGAGAAUGCAAAGCUCCGCGCCAAAGCCCAGCAGGAUGAUGAGUCAGGCUCGCUCCGCUUGGAUAUCCUGCGAGUCUUGACGUUUUUGUUCAUCGCUUCAUGCGGUCUCAGCUACGUCAUCAGCUCCGGCGAGAGCUUCUUCUGGGGCAUGCAGAAUAAGCCUUAUUACCUGAAGCCUGACUGGUGGAAGGCCAAGUUUGGCGGACCAAUUUAUCUAACCCCGGACGAACUCGCACAAUACAACGGCUACGAGAAGGGCAAGCCCCUGUACCUCGCUGUCAAUGGCACCAUCUUCGAUGUCUCCAACGGCCUAAACAUGUACGGCAUUGGCGGUUCUUACCACUUUUUUGCCGGUCGGGAUGCGUCGCGUGCCUACGUCAGCGGUUGCUUCCAGGAAGACUUGACCCCUGACAUGCGCGGCCUCGAAGACAUGUACCUCCCCAUCGACGAUCCCGAAAUCGAUUCCAAAUGGACCUCGGCCGAGAUGAAGGAGCUCAAAGAGAAAGAGCUCGCAGAAGCGAAGGAGAGAGUGUACAGCGGCCUGAAGCACUGGGUUGACUUUUUCACCAACAGCCCCAAGUACCAAAAGGUUGGCUACGUGAAGCGCGAGGAAGACUGGCUGGAGAAGCUCCCUGUUCCUGAGCUCUGCAAAUCGAAUCAGCAAAAGCGCAAGAAGAGAGUUCCUCGGGAUUAA